UCCCUCUCUGGCUUCUUAUACCGCCGAUAGCAGCGAGCUGCAGAACUGAGCUGGCGGCCCCGCGAAGCUUCUCCCGGGCCAGACCCGGGGCUCUCACCGCUGCAGCUGCGCUGGACCCCAGCACACGGGAGGCGCUCCUCGCGCAGUAAUGGAGAAAACUUGCACAGUUAUGCUUCCUCUUACAAUGAAUUCUUCAGAAAAUCGAGAGAAUGUCUGCAUUUUUGGAACAGGGGAUUUUGGAAGAUCACUUGGAUUGAAAAUGCUCCAGUGUGGUUAUUCUGUUGUGUUUGGAAGUCGAAACCCCAGGACAUCCAGGCUGCUACCCAAUGGUGCCGAGGUCCUGAGCUAUUCAGAAGCAGCCCAGAAGUCUGACAUCAUACUGAUCGCAAUCCACAGAGAGCAUUAUGAAUUUCUCACAGAACUAAUUGAGGUUCUCAAGGGGAAAAUAUUGGUAGAUGUCAGCAACAACCUCAAAAUCAAUCAGUAUCCAGAAUCUAAUGCAGAAUACCUUGCUCAGUUGGUGCCAGGAGCCCACGUAGUAAAAGCAUUUAACACCAUCUCAGCCUGGGCUCUCCAGUCAGGAGCGCUGGAUGCAAGUCGGCAGGUGUUUAUCUGUGGAAAUGACAGCAAAGCCAAGCAAAGAGUGGUGGACAUUGUUCGAACACUUGGACUUACUCCAUUGGAUCGAGGAUCUCUCUCGGCAGCCACCGAAAUUGAAAACUACCCCCUGCAACUAUUUCCCAUGUGGAGGUUCCCCUUCUAUUUGUCUGCUGCACUCUGUCUCUUCUUCUUUAUCUACUGUGUUAUAAGAGAAGUAAUCUACCCCUAUGUUCAGGAGAAAGAAGACAGCACUUUUCGCAUGGCCAUUUCCAUUCCAAAUCGUGUCUUCCCGAUAACGGCACUGACCCUGCUUGCUUUGGUUUACCUUCCUGGUGUCAUUGCUGCCAUCCUGCAGCUGUACCGGGGUACGAAAUACCAACGAUUCCCAGACUGGCUCGACCACUGGAUGCUUUGCAGAAAGCAGCUUGGCUUGGUAGCUCUGGGAUUUGCCUUCCUUCACGCAAUCUACACGCUUGUGAUUCCUAUUCGUUAUUAUGUCCGAUGGAGGAUCAGAAACACAACCAUUACCCAGGUGAUCACCAAGAAAGAUAAUCCAUUUAUUACCUCUAUGGCCUGGCUUAGUGAUUCAUAUGUGUCUUUGGGAAUCCUUGGAUUUUUUCUGUUUGUGCUCUUGGGAAUCACUUCCUUACCAUCAGUUAGUAACAUGAUGAACUGGAGAGAGUUCCGGUUUGUCCAGUCCAAACUGGGUUAUUUGACCCUGAUCUUAUGCACAGCCCACACCCUGGUGUACGGCGGGAGGAAAUUCCUCAGCUCUUCAAUUCUUAGAUGGUACCUUCCUUCAGCCUAUGUCUUAGCACUUAUCAUUCCCAGCACAGUGCUGGUGAUCAAGUUUAUCCUCAUCAUGCCAUGUAUAAACAAGACCCUUAUGCGGAUCCGACAGGGCUGGGAAAGGAACUCAAAAUACUCAAAAUCAGCACUGAAUGGAAAAUCAGAUAUUUAAAGGAAAGUUGAAUUUACUUGGGUUUUUUCGAACUGUGGUAUUGAAUGUUUAGAGAAGAAUAAUGGGUACAGGUAAAAGAAGCUCUUUUUCUCUCACUAUGGCCUGAAGUGUGUCAACACAGAAGAAAAUGUUGCUGACUAAUAAAUUAACAGAUUGGAAGAGAACACCAUUCUGUCUUAAGUCAUUGAUGUAUCAUUGUGGGUCCUUCCUCUGUUCUGCAGAGGCCAUGGGGCUGCCAUCAGAUUAGCUUUGUGGUUUCACAUUAAGAAGUUUCUUUGCUGUGGGCAACAUGCAUGAUCUAAUGUCUUGCACAAUCCAGAAAAGUACACAUAACUUCCUCCUUAGAUUUAAGUGCUGAGUUAAAGAAAAGAAAAAGAAAGAGGAAAGAGAAAGUAGCGCCAUGGUGGCCACUGAAUUUUGCACAAUAUGUCUGAAGAAUAGGCCCAAACAGAGUAAAAAGAAUGAAAUUUUUUGUGUGCUUUUUGGAAGCAAAAUGGUGGUCAUAAAUAUUGCCCUAGUGUUUUUUGUUUUCUGUUUUGGUUUUUUUUACAGUGCUAUGGCAAACCCAGGACCUUGCACAUGCUAGGCAGGCACCCUACCACUCCAACUCUGCCACAGUGAAAUCUAUACUUAAGUGUCUCCCUUCAUUUUGUUUUUAACAAUACAGAUAUCUACUAUGGAAAACUAUUUUGGAACAAAACAAAAAUGUUGCGUUUGAUUGGAAGCAACCAUGCCCUGGAUAUAUGCAAAUUUAUAUAGUUGUUUUAGUUUGUUUUUUCACCUCUGUGACCAAAAGACCUGCCAAGGACAAUUUUAAUGGAGGAAAAGUUUAUUUGGGGGCUCACCAUUUCAGAAGUCUCAGUCCAUAGGUGAUCAGCUCCAUU